GUACCCAAACUGGGUUCUCUAUCAAUGAAGCUUUUGGUCUGCUUUUUACAUAACAGUUGACAAACAUGGCUACAAUGGCGAGUGCAGGCCUGCUUAGCCCCCUCCAUUGCCACCUCAACGAGCUUCGGCUUUUGGGUUCGAGCUCCAUCCGCACCAAGCUCGCAGAAUUUCGGCUCUGUCAGCCCAUUAUCGCUCUAAAGCACGCAAGAAAUGCGUCCAUUGUUCCGGUCGUACGAGCGCAGAGUUCUUCUGGUUAUGUCCCAGACUCCAAAUUUUACAAAGUCGAAGCGAUUCUGAGGCCCUGGCGAGUUUCGCACGUUUCUUCGGCUCUGCUGAAAAUUGGAAUUCGUGGUGUUACUGUAUCUGAUGUUCGAGGCUUUGGUGCUCAAGGUGGUUCAACAGAGAGGCAGGGUGGCUCUGAAUUUUCUGAAGACAAUUUUGUUGCUAAGAUUAAAAUGGAGAUUGUAGUGAGCAAAGACCAGGUUGAGGCUGUGGUUGACACAAUAAUUGAGGCAGCCAGGACUGGAGAAAUCGGCGAUGGCAAGAUUUUUGUGGUGCCAGUCUCAGAUGUAAUCAGAGUUCGCACUGGGGAGCGUGGAGAGAAGGCGGAGAAGAUGACAGGAGGGCGGUCUGAUGUGUCCUCCUCUGCCUGAGUGAGAUUUGACGAAACUUGAUGAGUGCGACUCUAUUCAACCCCCCAUCCAAUCUCCCCCCCCCCCCCCCCCCCCCCACCCCCCUCUGUCCGUUAGAUCUUAGAAGAUUAGUGCUUCAUUUUUUGGAGUGUAUGCAGUGAUGGAAGAGUAGAAUAAGGUGUAAUACCAGUCAUGUAGCUUCUAUCUUUUAUCAGAAGGUAGAAAAUAACCCGGCAGUUGUUUCCCCUCUUAUUUAUUAAAUAAAAGUAGUGAACUUAUUUAGCGAUGAAGAAGAAUUUCUUAACAAAAAUAUGUGGGUAACUUUGUCUCUGUCUUUGGAAGAUGAAUGCUAUAUAGUCUAUGUAAGCUUGUUUUA